ACAAACAUAAAUUGUUCGUGACCAAAUACAUAAACAAAUAUAAAAUUUACACCAUAGUUAUAUUAAACUAGACAGUCGAGAUUAAACAAACCCAGAUCGUGCCCGUUUCAGGAGAUUUACCGCCAAUGCAACAGUGACACCAAGUGCUUAAUUCCACAGAAUAAGUGGCAUAUAUUAGUAAUACACACAUUACAAUGGAUCCAAGACAGGCGGCACAAAGGAAAGCUAUUCUGGCAAAACUUAAAGCUUCAGGUUUUGUAACAAGCAAACCUGUUGAGCCAGAAGAAAGUUCUGAGGACCAGGAAUAUAAUUUUGAGAAAUUAAAAACAUUUCAUAUUCCAAGAAAAAGGGAACAACAUGGAGAAAAAGAACUACUGACAACACUUGAUUUAAAGUCAAGGGAGUAUAUUCACACACUUCUACCAGCCGUUAAAUCUUCUUACUUCUACUCCCACUCCCAACGAAGAAUAAAAAUAAACAAAGUUGAAGUUGUUCAUAACGCUGCACUGGAAAAAGAGUUUUUGGAUCGCAAACGCGAUAUGAAAAGUGAUGGAAGAUCCGACAAAGAGUUGAGCGAAUGUUUUGGGUUUUCCUACACGGCCAGUGCGCAAGAGGUGAGUUAUCAUUUCUUCUUUUCUUUACCAUUUCUCACUUACUUUACUUUAUUUGUUCGCUUUUUUAUCGACGAUCCUGUUGGACUGAUGUUUUUGCAUACUUUUUACUGGUUUUUUAGUUUAGAGUUUAAAUAGAAGAAUUUAACUGUAUCACAUUUCAUUAUU